AUGACUAUCAAUGAGGAUAUGAAAAHUGACUUAAAUUGGUGGAUAAAAAAUCUUGACUGUGUAAGGGGAUUAAUUGCACGAGGUAAUCCAGAGAUAGAAAUAGCUACAGAUGCCUCAAUGUUAGGAUGGGGAGCUGUAUGGGAAGAACUUAAAGCACAAGGGAAAUUUAUGGCCUUUGAAAUUGAACACAAUGAGAGCAACAUCAAUGCAUUAGAAUUGUUAGCCAUUCUGUAUGGGCUUCAGAGUUUUACAUACAAACUUGCCAAUAAGCAUGUGCUAGUUAAGUGUGAUAAAACUACUGCAGUUCCAUACGUUAAUAAUAUGGGGGGCACCCAUUCAAUCCUAUGUAACAAGGUUGCAAAAACAAUUUGGUUCUGGAGUAUCCAGAACAAUGUUUGGCUUACGGCAACACAUAUACCAGGAAAAGAUAAUGUGGAGGCUGAUUUUCAGUCGAGACAUUUUAAUGAGCGUACUGAAUGGGAGCUGAACAUGUACACUGAGGUUUUCAAAACUGUAUGUGAGAUGUUGGGGGAGCCAAACAUUGAUGCUUUUGCAAGCUAUUUAAAUGCAAAGUUGCCAAACUAUUAUGCUUGGAAGUCUGAUCCCAAAGCAAUUCACAUUGAUGCAUUUACAAUAAGUUGGAAGAGUUCUUUAAUCUAUUGUUUUCCACCAUUCAGCCUUCUAGGGCGGUGUUUGCAAAAGAUUUCAAUGGACAAAGCAGUUGCAAUUGUAACAAUGCCACAGUGGCCAACACAGAGCUAUUAUUAUACCAAAGCUAUGGAGAUGCUGGUCAGCAAACCGAUACUUCUUCCGCGAAUCCAAGAGUUGUUGAAACUUCCAGGUCAACCAGCAAAGAUUCACCCAAUGUUUCCCAAAUUGAACUUAUUGGUAUGCAAACUGUCAGGGGAUCACUUGAAAGUUUGCAGAUUUCUGGAAGAGCAGCCGAUAUCAUUAUGGCCUCAUGGAGAGAGGGUACCCGUAAACAGUAURGCACGCACAUCAACAAGUGGAUCAAGUACUGUGGUAAAAAAACAAGUUGAUUGUCUUCACCCAAAUAUAGGGGACAUUAUUGAUUUUUUGACAGAACUAUUUGAUGUGGAACACUUGAGUUAUAGCUCAUUGAAUACAGCAAGGAGUGCAUGGAGUGCACUAUAA